UAUAGUCUGUGAAGAAAAAUGUCUUGUUUUCUUAAAUGCAAAAGCAGGUUGUACAUACGGUUACCAGUGCAUUUGUAGGGUUAAUCUCGAAAUUUGCGGGGAUACUUUAAAGUAAGUCCUUCCAGAUCUUUGGCAUGAUCAUCCGCAGUUUUCUUCCUUUCAGUGUUAUAACAGCCAAUACAGAUGAAUAAUUGUCAUUAAAUAAAUUAUCAGGAGGAAGUCAGUCUUGUAGUUGGUUGGUUUUCUGAACAGUAUUGAUAUUGAGUCUACAUAAGAAGCAGUAACUUUUUUGUAUCUUAUUCUCCUUCUUCCUGUUCUUCUACAUUUUCAUAUCUUCUUCUACUCCUCAAUUAUUUUCAAUGUUCUGGCAAGCACAGUUAUCCAUUUAGUGUCUCAGAGGGUUGUUAUGCCCUACAUCCAUUGUCCUUUGCCAAAAUGUGAAAUUCUUUUGUCAAUAUUUUCAUUAGAGACACUUAACAAGAAACAGCUCUUAGCUUCUGGUUGGAUCAUCAGGCCAUCUCAUCGCCCUGAUGAUCGGAGACAUCAAAAACCUCUGAAAUGAUGGUAAACUUCUACCAGACUACACGGCAGUACAGCCCAGAAGAUGGCCAUCUUCGAUUUUUAGAAUUUCUUUAAACCCAGAGACAUCUACACUCUUACUUGUCAUGUGUCCCGCUAUAAAUGUCUAACAUAUCUAUGUUACUGUUUUUUGUGAAUUUAAUGAUUUUCAUUCGCGUGCCGCAGAAGUUGCACAUUCACACGUGACAUGGGAAACGGCAUAUAAGCUUAACUACUGAAGCACCAAUUUUUCAGGGUCGUAAGUGCUUCCUCCAUUCAACAUGACAUCAUUAUCUUAAAUUACCAUAUAAGGCAUAACAGUGUCUUUUUCUGUAAUUUCCUGUUCUUGUUUUUUUUGUUUGUGAAGUGGGAGAGGGAGAUUAUCUGCACAGUGCAUACGCUAACUCAUGAGUACUGGUUUAGUUGUCGUGUGACAGGUUUUAUUGCAGGGUUUAGUAGAUUGUCAUUGCUCUGUGGAUAUAUUUGUGGUUGAAGUGGGUUUUGGGCUUUAAUCUGUUGAUUUUGAGUUACAUAUAUAGAGUAGUAAUUGUCGGAUUACUGAGUUCAGGUGUGUUUGUGUGGUCAGUCUUGGCCAAAACGGAUAAUUUUGUUCACCAGUUAAACGCAUUUCGAAUGUCAUUACCAGCAACUGUCGGCAGUUUUGAAAACAACCGGACAGCAUGGAUGAAGAGGUUAAAGGCUUCAGUAUACCGCUGUGUACCAGUCUUGUCAUGGAUGCCACUAUAUAAUUCAGACAAAUUCAUCUGUGAUCUCAUAGCUGGAGUGACAGUCGGCCUUACUGUAAUACCGCAGAGCUUAGCAUAUGCAACUCUUGCGGGGUUGGAACCACAGUAUGGUCUGUACUCUGCAUUUGUGGGCUGUUUUGUGUACGUUGUGUUUGGGAGUUGUAAAGAUAUUACAAUUGGACCAACAGCUCUUAUGGCCCUCAUGACUUACCAGCAAAUCAUUGGACGUAAUGUUGACUUUGCCAUAUUGUUAUGCUUCCUCACUGGUUGCGUACAGUUGCUGAUGGCAGUACUCCAUUUAGGGGUGUUGGUGGAUUUCAUCUCAAUUCCAGUGACUGUAGGUUUUACAUCUGCUACAUCAGUAAUUAUUGCGUGCUCGCAAUUGAAAGGUUUGCUGGGACUCAGGUUUAAGGCAAAUGGCUUUCUUGACACUCUGAGCAAAGUAUGUAAUCAUAUUCCAGAAACAAAGCUGUGGGACGCUACCUUAGGAUUCACCUGCAUUGGUGUGCUUCUUUUGCUUAGGAAAAUUAAAGAUAUUAAACUUGGGCCAGAGGGUGGUAAACCAAAUAAGAGACAGAAAGCCAUUAUGAAGACUUUGUGGCUUAUAUCAACAGCUCGUAAUGUUUUUGUUGUCGUUAUCUGCUCAUUCAUUGCAUAUAAUCUCCACACAGAAGAUGAAGAAUCACCUUUUAUUCUUACAGGUACUGUGCGAUCAGGGCUGCCACCUUUUGCUUUGCCACCAUUCAGCACUGUCCUCCGCAAUCAGACAUAUUCUUUCGCAGACAUGUGCUCUGAACUAGGAUCUUCAAUUGUUCUAGUACCCAUUAUCGGAGUAUUAGGAAAUGUGGCCAUUGCAAAAGCUUUCUCGAGUGGGGAUUCAGUGGAUGCUACUCAGGAGCUCCUCACGCUUGGCAUCUGCAAUUUGUUAGGAUCAUUUGCUUCUUCAUUCCCAGUCACUGGUUCUUUCUCACGUAGCGCUGUCAAUCAUGCGAGCGGGGUCAGGACGCCGUUCGGUGGUUUCUAUACAGGUGUUCUGAUUCUGCUGGCUCUUGGCCUUCUAACUCCCUACUUCUAUUUUAUUCCAAAGGCGUCACUGGCUGCUGUUAUUAUAUGUGCCGUCAUCUUCAUGAUCGAGUACGAGGUGGUGAAACCUAUGUGGAAGUCAAGCCGUAAAGACUUAAUUCCGACGUUUGUAACCUUCAUCACAUGUCUGGUGGUUGGUGUUGAAUACGGAAUCCUUAUCGGAGUUGGAAUCAACCUGGUGUUCCUUCUGUAUCCAUCUGCACGUCCCACGAUGCACGUGGAGAAGUCUACAACAAAUUCAGGAGUGGAGUACUUGCUUGUGACACCAGGCAAUAGCUUGUACUUUCCUGCGGUUGAUUUCAUUCGGACGAGUGUUGGAAAGGCAGCCGUGAAACAGGGCUCAAGCCAGUUGCCUGUUGUUGUUGACUGCCGAUUCAUUCUGGGAGCAGACUUCACUGCGGCGAAGGGUAUAGCUGCGCUGAUAGAGGAUUUUAACAAACGGAAGCAACCGAUUUACUUUUAUAACACACGACCAAGUGUCAUUGCUGUAUUUAAAGGGGCGAGCCUGGAAGAGUUUGUACAUUUUCGUAGUGAGGAUGAACUGGAUUUUAUUCUGCAAUCAUUUUCCAACAACCACCAUCUCCCCAAACGAACUGAAGUUGAAGAAAGAAGUCUUCUGGUGGAAAUGAAAGAAUGUCCAUCUUUUGAAUUGUCAUUCGCCGGAGGAGUCGCUUGUAAAUCUGCAGAUGACUCGAACAUUCGCAAGUCAGGAAGUAAUGACUCUUCGACUCCGUUGUUAGAAAAAUCUGAAACAUCGCCAGAAAUAUUGAAAGUGUAGUGUGAUAUCGAGCUUUUAAUCUCAUGCAGGGAAUUGUCACACGACCUUCUGCUUCUGCUGCGGAGGUAGCGGGUGUCCUAUAAGCAGUGAAUUUUGUUGCUAUUCAUAUUACUUUCCAAGUUUUCUUAAUUAAGUGCUCAAAAACUGAGGAAGAAAGUUCAGCAUAUUUUUCGCGUGAAGGUACGUCCACUCCGAUUAUUUUUCUUACUUCAUUUGUAAACAUUGUUCUUGAACACCUAAAUCGUGUAUGAAGCACAGUAAAUUAUUACAAGUACGCUUUGUAUCUCUGAACAAUUCCAUGUUUUCAUUCACAAGUAUGACACUUCAUUAUUUUAAUAUUACGGUAUGAAGGCUGUUUCUUUUAUUUGGAGCGAUUGGGUUUCUGAAAAGGCUCGCAUUUCAGGCGUUUAAUGCGUGGUAUCAGGUACUGGCUGGACACAUUUCCUCGACUCUGAUUAAUGAGCAGAGGACCAGUGGAAUGAGGACUGCAGCCUCUGGAUAUCAGUCCACUGGACUACUACUUCUGGAGCAUUUUAAAAGCAAAAAUAUGUUCAGAAGUCAAUCGGCUAUGAAAUAUUUGUGAAUAUAUAGCGCCCAUACGUGUUCUGAACAUGCUGGACAGCACAUCGAACAGGCAAAGUGACUGCGGAGGGACACCAUCCACUCAGUUACAUUUGGUUCGGAGGUUAAGAAUUCACGAGUUUUACUUCCACGCCCUCUUUAUAGCUUCGUGGGUCGGUAGGUCGUCUCAGGCAUAACGUUACCUAGCAAAAGUUACCAAAUAUUCCCGCAUUCCGCACGGAAAGAAGAAACUGAUUUAGACGUAUUUUUUUUAGUAUCUCUUGGUUUCGCGUUGGUCAUCUAAAUGGAUGAAUGUAUGCAUUGCUUAAUAUUUACUGAACGUUGUCUUCUUCUGUCGUUGAGAAGUUGUAACAUACUUAACUACUAUUUUUGUCUGGAGGUGACUGAUUCGUGUACGUGUUGUGAUAGAAAUGAGAGGCUGUCAGUUUGAAAACUUACCAAAAUAUUUAAUUUAAGUCAUUAAGAGUAUUUAUUUAUGUAGUAAUGUACCAUUAUGUAAUUAAUGUUUAAGAAUCUCUGUUUUGUUUCGAGAGGUUUCUGUGUCUUGAAAU